CUCCGUGUCUUGAACCUGCAUCACGGCACUUGCAGCAGAUUGCCCAUAAAACACUAACCGAACCCCGCACCAUUCUCGAUGACACGAUUUCUGGCCAGAUAUAGGGCUCUACCGACCGGCGCGUUACAAUCACAUUAAUACGUACGUGAAGCCAUCGGUGCGGCUCGUGCUGUCGCCCGGGGGCAGCUGCCGUUGCCUCCGCGACAAUGGCACCCAUGAAACGAACUCGUCGUAUUGCGGCGGAUGACGAUACCGAAGGCGUCGAUGAAACGGGUCCGGCGCGCACAUCUCUCGUCCGUGAUGUACAGUCGCGCAAGCGGGCUCGACUGUCCCUGGAGGAACCGACACGGGGGGUCUCUUCGAUACCAGAGGGCGACGAUGUGUCAAGCUCCGAGGAUCAGGACGAUGAUGCCUCCGAUGUCGGAAACGCGCCGCCCCAAACUCAGUACGAAAUGAUGCGAGAUGCCGGUUUCCGACAUUUGCAAAAUCUCGAACAAGAUGACUGGCAAGCGACACAGAAGCUCAAAAAACGCCCAGCCAAUGUCGGCGAGAACAUGGUAGCGGAAAGUGGAAUCAUCGAGAGCAUCACUUGUUGCAACUUCAUGUGCCAUGUCCGCCUACACGUCGAGCUUGGACCCUUGAUCAAUUUCAUUGUUGGUGAAAAUGGAAGCGGAAAGAGCGCUGUCCUGACGGCCUUAACCCUUUGCCUUGGUGGUAAGGCGAGCGAUACCAACAGAGGCGGAAGCUUAAAGUCCUUUGUGAAAGAGGGCGAAGAGCAAGGCAGUCUCACCGUCAGGAUCAAGAAUGCUGGCACCGACGCCUAUCAACACGAUAUUUACGGCGACACCAUCAUCGUCGAACGCCACUUCUCAAGGUCCGGCAGCAGUGGCUUCAAGAUCAAAGGCCAAAACAACCGAAUCAUCUCGACCAAGAAACAGGAGGUGGACGAAAUCUCUGAGUGGUAUGGCCUGCAAAUGGGCAAUCCUCUGACGGUACUUUCUCAAGAUAAUGCACGCCAAUUCCUAAACUCUGCCACUCCCGCGCAAAAGUACAAGUACUUUGUGUCCGGAGUCCAGCUUGAGCAGCUCGACAAUGACUAUAGGAUGUCCCAAGAUACACUAGACAAGACGCUGAUCCUCCGAGACGACCUCAAUGAGAAGAUAGAAUACGUCAGGAAGGAGAUGGAGGACGCGCAGCGCCUAGCCGAAACGGUGGAGAAGAACAAUACCCUUCGUGAGAAGGCGAGAUUGUACCGGACACAGCUUGUUUGGUCUCAGGUUGUAGAACAGGAACAGGAACUGCAGCGCCGCGCCAGAGACAUAGAGACCCACGAGCAUCGGAUACAUCAGGCCGAAGCCGACUGCGAACAGAUGACCAAGGCCCUCCAUGAAAUCGAAGGGAAGCUGGAGCGAGCGAAAGCAGACCGUGAGGCCCUCAACGACGAGCAGGGAGCGUUUGAAGAGAGGACAGCUACGGCCGAGUCCGCCUUUCAUGCAGCAAAAAAAGAAUUGACUGAGCUUCAUCGAGAGGAAAGAGACGCUUAUGGACGCCUCAAGACGGCAAAGGCCGAAAUCGAAGCCUGCGAAGCUAAGAUUCGGGAGGAGGAGCAGCGUCUGGAUGAAUCCACUGGCUCUGCUCGUGUCCAGAAGGAGACGGAGCUGGCCCGAGAGUUGGCCCAGGAAACGAACCUGAAGGACCUGAGACUGGGGAGCAAUGAUCAAUUGCCCGUCUUGAGGAGCAAGCUUGCCGGGGCUGAGCAGGUCCUAAAGAAGCAACAACAGCUUCGCGAGGCUAAGAAACGAGACAUCUUGACCGCAGAGUCCGGGGUACGGGAACUUGAGAGGAGCACCGGCUCCGUCUACGACGGUUACGACCGGGACAUUACCAAUCUCGUCAAAGCUAUCGAGUCCGACCCGGGCUUUGAUAACAAGCCUCUUGGGCCUCUAGGCGCGCACAUCAAACUUCUCAAGCCGGAGUGGUCAGGGGUUCUUGAGAAGACUCUCGGUGAUGGCUUGAACGCUUUUGUCGUCAGGAGCAAGCGUGACCAGAGCCGCCUUUCAAGCAUAAUCCGGCAGAUGGGCAUGAGGAAACCGCCCCCUAUUUACAUUGCCUACGGCGGCCACAUCGACACGACAGGACAAGAGCCGGACCUUGAGUUCGACACAAUCUUACGGGUCCUUGAGUUCGACGACCAGUUGAUACGUUCGCAACUGGUGAUCAACAACCAAAUCGAGAAAAUCAUACUGGUCAAGGAGCGGCUGGAGGCCGAGCGCAUAAUGAUCGAUCAGGGUCCACCCCGGAAUGUAUCAGCCUGUAUUUGUUUCCACGACGGGAAGGGUAAGCGCGGUCAAGGCCUACGGAUCACAAAUCGAUCGGGCACAACAGGGACGAGCCCAGUAGUGCCAAGCGGGUUGCGACCGCGAAUGCAGUCAGACUCGGCUCGCCAACUUGCGCUGCAGCAGGAGAACUUGAGGCAGCUUGGACUUGAAUUUGUGGAAUUGAAGAACGAGGAAAGAGCAGCGCAGCAUGCAGUUGAACGAUGCAAGUCAGAGCUUGAGUCCCUCCGGAGCCGGCAGACCUCACUCGACAACGAGCUUCGCCGAACACAAGCAGAUAUUGAGCGUAUACAGUCGGAGCUGGAUGCAUUCGAAGGCGCUGAUGACCGGCUAGUCCUCCUGCGGACCCAACUGGAGACGAAAAGGAAAGAAGAGUCACAGCUUGGGAAUCAAUAUGGCAACAUGAGAUUGGCCAAACGAGACCUCAAUACCAAAGCCGAGGAGGCCAAGCGACUUCUAGACAAGGAGAGAGAUGAGGGAAGGACGUUCCACAACAAAAUUAGCAGGGCGGACGAAAAGAUUCAGGCCCACGACUCCAUGAGACGCAUUGCCGUCUCGAGAAAAAAUGAUGCCUUUGAACGGCUUGACAUUGAAAAGUCCGAGCUUCGGCGCGCAGUGGAGAAGCGUGAGGAGAAGGACGAGGAGGUUCAAGAUUUCAUCCGUCAGGCCGAGACUGUUGCGCCCGGCCGUGUCCAUAUUCCCGAGGGAGAAGACUACAAGAGUAUCGAGAAGAAGUAUGAGAAGAUUGGAGAGCAGUUGGCGCAAAGGGAGGCUCGAUUGGGCGCAACCGACCAACAAAUCUACGACCGUGCGCGAGAGUCCAAGACAAGAUACGACGACGUUAUGAAGCAAACAAGCGAUGUCGACGAAACCAUUGCGGCACUCAAACGAGCUAUUGAGCGUCGAUUGUAUCUGUGGCGACAAUUCCAGAGACAAAUCAGCGCUCGAAUCAGGAUUCAGUUCAACUACCUCUUGAGUGAGCGUGGCUUUCGAGGGAAGAUUGACUUGGAUCAUCUAGCAAGGAAGGUGAUCAUCCAUAUCGAACCGGAUGAGACCAAGAAAAGCUCUGCAGGCCGGAAUACAAAGACGUUGUCUGGCGGCGAGAAAUCCUUCUCGUCCAUCUGCAUGCUCCUCUCAGUGUGGGAGGCGAUCGGCUCGCCUAUCCGAUGUUUGGAUGAGUUUGAUGUGUUCAUGGACAAUGUCAAUCGAGCCAUCAGCACCAACAUGCUGGUGGACGCGGCUCGACGGUCUGUCUCGAGGCAAUACAUCCUGAUUACGCCGAAUGCCAUAGAAGGGCGAGCGAGGCUUGACAAGGAUGUGAAGAUCAUUCGGUUGACCGAUCCUCGGCAACGAACGUUGACGUAAAAGCACAGCGUAGAGCACGUCUGAAAACCGACUAGGGAAGGUAGUUCAGUACUUCGUGCCAGACAAUGCAGUGAGUACCGGGAGAUUACUUCGACAGCACAAGCGGCGCCGUUGUAUGUCAGAGUCCAUGGCUCAUGGGCAGUUAAACGCGGCCAGAGCGCCGAUGAAGGAGUCAAUAUGGCGGUUUCGAAGUAUUGUACAAAUCGUACACAUGGCGCGACAAUGAAUCGGCCCUAGGAGAAGCUUAACUUGAUUCAUAUGCC